UACAUCAAGCACAUCAUUUGUUUACACUGAACAUGGAAACGGGAUAAAAUUUUAUUUUAAAAUCCUUAUAAAUAUGUCUCUUGAGACCCAGACACAGACAGGAGCUUCAGGGUCUGCACGCCCAUAUCGACGACGUCGUACGCGUGUCGGAAAUGACAAGAAAAUCCAAGAUGACGAAUUUAUGGCUGCCGCAAUCGGAGAUGUUGAAUGGCUUAGACAAAGUCUAAGAGACCAAAAACUUGAACAGGGACAGAUCAAUUACGACAAAAAUGGCCUGACAGCCUUACAUCUGUCUGCUAUACAUGGUCGACUUGAAUGUCUGAAACUGCUUAUUGAGAAGUAUAAAUUUGACAUCAAUUUGCCAAGCAGCACAGGUUGGAGGGCCAUUCACCUUUGUAUCAGUAACCAAACAGGAAAGAGAGCCAUUCAAUGUCUUCAGUAUCUGCUAGAUAAGAAAGCAGACUCUUCUGUCGGUAAUGAUGAUGGUAUAACUCCACUACACCAAGCAGCAAGUGAAGGACAUGUACAAUGCUUGAAGAUGUUGAUAGACCAUGGAGCUAAAAUUGACGGGGAAGAUUGCCGUGGACAUACACCUCUGGAUCUUGCUAAACUGUGGGGUCACAGGAAAUGUGCCAGGAUAAUAGCUGCGGAGAUGUGGCAGCAAGGGAAGGACAAUAUUGCGAAGGAAAUGCAGCAGCUGCGCAAGCUGAAGAUGCAGCAGGUUUUACGAGAGAUGGAGCUAGAGGCAGAGUACAAGGCACAAAAUGAACACUAUAGUGAAGAGGCAUUUAAGAAGUGGCUGGGAAAACAAGGUUUGGACAAGGAUAUGCCGACUGGCCCGAAGAAUGUGAAAGAGAGAAAGGAGUCUGAUAAGCAUGAAUCCUUGAUGAAAGCAAACAGUGUGUCUACAAAGAGCUCCACUACUUCCAAGGACAAGGGUAAAGAAAGACGUGCUGACUCCAUACCCACCUGGAAGGCACCCCGCCCUCGAGAAAUGUCCCCAUUAAGUCGAAAAACAACCAACAUAAGUCAAUUUACAGAAGAUGAUGGUGGUUUGUAUGAAAAACCGGAAAAUGCUGAUCAACCACAACCAGACAAGAGAGCGAAAAGUGCCGGAUUUGUAAAUCCUAACCAGUGGAAAAUUCCACUGAAAGCAAGUGAUCCUCCAUAUAUAACAAACCUUACAGAUGAUUAUCCUAGAGAUGAUUAUACCAAGAUGCCAUUGGUUGAGUCGGCACCAAAAUAUUUUGAUGGCCGCACUGGUCCAAGAUUAUAUAAGAAAGAUGUCAAAGAAGGAAGUAUUGAUACAAAGAAGAAAUUGAGAAAACCUAAUGUACCAAAAGAAAUUGCUAAAAGAAUAAUGACUGAUGACCCAACAUUAGAUGAAAGGCCAGUUUUGUUCAAACCAAAGCACAUAGCAGAUGUUCAGGUUAAGAAAAAGUAUGGCGAUGAAGUUGUAGGAAAAAGUGAAGUUUCUCUUCACCUGUGUGAUGAUAUGUCAUCAUUUCUGUUUAAAAACAGUUUGAAUAAGGGAGCAGAUGUUUUUAACGUGGGUUCAGCAGGUAAACCCCUGUCAAAGGAGCAUCAGAAACUACUGGCAACCAACAGUAUACUAGAGUCCCAUCCCAGUACAAGGUCAACAUCCUCAAGCAACUGGUCAUCAAUUAAAUUUCCCAGAGAAAGGGUUCUACAAUCACUGCAUAUAAUGUCAAAACCAGGAGCAUUUCCAGACAUGAAAGGGGAAGAGUUCAGUAUUGGGAGUGGUCAAACGGCAGUGUAAACUCACCGAUGUUCAUCUAAAUACAACAACAGAAUGGACAAACGGCAGUGUAAACUCACUGAUGUUCAUCUAAAUACAACAACAGAAUGGACUGGAAUGCCUGAAUGUACAUUGUACAAGCUAGAAUUAAACAAGGACAGGGUAGAAGUCAGCUGGCUAAACAUUAACCUUUAGCCUGCUAAAUUUCUGGAAUGAACUGGUCUAUUAUUCAAUUUCGGCAGUACCAUUUAUUAUUUGAAGAGGUGUCCAAUGAAAAUUUACUGACUGAAUAGUGAACAAUGCAGACCAUGUGCAGGCUGAUCUUGGUCUGCACUGGUCACAAGGGCAGAAUCACUUGCUGCCAGCAGGCUAAAGGUUAAAAAAAAAACAGCAUUUCUCCAUAAGUCAAUCUCUGCCGAAAGUCAGUAUUAACUUUACUGUGUUAUUUAUUUUGUUAGGUAAAUAUAACAGUUCACUUUUUCAAGGUAACAGGAGGUUCAACCAGACAUACAGGGUUCAGAAGCCUACAGUAUUUUAACAUAAUGAGUUGACUUGUGAAUAUAAAUACAUGGUAGUAAAUCUCUUUAGUAGCUAAUAAUGUUUUAAAUUUAAUUAUUUAUACCUGCAGUUUAACUUUCAAAUAAAUAUGUUUCAGAUUCAAUGAUUUAGACCUGACAGUUUAAUUUUCAUAUAUACAUGUACAUGGAAUGUUUGAACUGAGACUUGUUAUAAACUUUGUUUAAAUGUCAGGUAAGACCCUUGAACAGUAAUAUUUGUCAAAUAAUUUGAAAAAGGUUUUUAAAAUUGUGUCAUAUUGAUUUUUUAAGGAAAAAUAUUAGUCGGUGUGCAAGCAUAGAGUUAUUGUUUUAUCAGUUUAUGUUACCGAAUGAGAUAGAUCCUUGGAACAGAAACUUUAAAUGUGAUGAAGUUUUGAAUCGGAUUAUCUUAAUAUACAAAUAUUUGUCUUUUGCAGCAAAUGUUACCUAAUUCCAGACAAAGGAAAUAUACAAUAUUUUUCUCACAAUUUUCUAUUUACACCAUAAUAAAUACUGGUAUUCAUAAAUUCUAAUUAUUUACACAGAAGUGGCACAAUUGGGUAUGUAAAUUGUUCUUGAUAGUUCUAUUUCACUGCCAUUGUAAACUUUUACCAGUUAGUAAAGGAAAUUUGAACUUUCAUGUUGCAUAAUUGUUAUGGCUUGUCAGUACUACCGCGUAAUGUUAACCUUUAUCCUGCUAAAUUUCUAUAAUGGACUGCAUGGAUGUGCAGGCUGAUCUUGGUCUGCACAGGUCACAAAGGCAGAAUCACAUGCCACCAGCAGGCUAAGGGUUAAUUAAGGGGUUCCAUUAUUUAGGUUAGGCAGCAGCUGUUCAUAUGCCUUUCCUUCAUGAGUUCUUUUGAAUUGUUGAGUAUUAGGCACUGUCAUAAUUGUAAUAUUUGUUUGUCAUAACUUAAACCAGAUUUUCAAAAAUCAUGGUAUUUUAGUAAACAGAUAAGAUAGAGCUUUUGUUUUUAGUGCAUGAUGCAUUAAAAAUACAGUUUUCUUUCAGGUUGUAAGCAGAUCCUUAACAUUGAAUAUGUGACAUACUUUUCAAGUUGGAAUGAUUGGAACUAUUUGGUCUUAAAACUCCUGAUUUGGUAAAAAUAUAAUAAACGUUUUUCAUCUGCAACACCUUUCACAAAAGUUUGAUUUUCACUAUAUAAUAUAUAAUCACAAACAUGAUCAGAUAAUUCCUAGGUGUUUUGUGUUUUAAUAAUGUUUUCAUUAUAUUUUGUUGUUAUGCAUUUUUUUCCAUAGCUUAAAUUGUCUUGACAAUUCAUCUAUGUAUGGAAGACACCAUAGUAUACAAUGUCAUGUGGUAUUCUGAAUAAAUUCUAUUCUAUUCUAUAAUCAGUUAAUAGUUAGAUGCACGAUCACUUCACAUUUUUACCUAACAGAUACUUAAAAAAGUUUGUUUCACUGCCAUUAUAAUUCUUGUUAUACCAAGUGAGCAGAAACUUGUUUUACCUGUGUUAAUUGUCUCUAAAUACAAUGUAUGUAUUUCAGUGUGAAAACUGCUGAUACAAAAUAUAGCUGUGAUAUAAUUAUGCACCAUCAAUAUUUAUGCACCUUACAUAUCUUGUAUUUUAUUAUAUACCUAUAUAAAUUCUGUCAAAAAUAUGGCUUACUUUUCACAGGUAAAUAUGAACAGGCAGAAAAAAAAUCUGUAUUGUACCGUUUGUAUUAUAUGUUGCUGAACUACUUUAACUUAAUAUGCAUGAUCUGACAGUUAAAAAAAUAGGGCACAUAAAAAACAUCACUCGUUUCUGUUACAUUGAAGAUUUUGUUUGAUAACAAAACAAUAAACAAGAAGGUAGAUGUAUAUAAUAAAAGGGUCAUUAUAACAGUAACUUGAUCUAGGAUUUUGUAUUCAGGUCUCGUGCAUUUUGCAAGGUCUGAUCACACUCGUCGCUUGCUCCACUCAGCCAAAUACAGCAUCCCAGAUCAAGUUACUAUUAUAAUAACCCUAUUGUAUCACAAUGUGUCAUAUCUCAGACUGUAUUAAUUUUCCUGCUUUACAGUCAGACCUAUGCUUAAGGCCAACCUCAGAUUGAAGGCCACUACCGGUACUCUAAAAUCUGUUUAUAAAGGCCACUAUUUUCUCUUUCCAUUUAAACAACAAUGUUAAAAAAUUUACAUGUGUUGGGAGACAACAAUGACUACUUCCUUCAUUUCCAAUGGAUGGUCUUUACAGUCAGGUUUAUUAACCCUUAGCCUGCUGCAGGCGAAUUUAACAGCCUUUGCAAACAGCUUGGAACCAGAUCAGACGCCGAUUAAAUCGGCGUCUGAUCAGGUUCCAAGCUGUUUGCUACUCUGACAAUAUUUCUUCCAGUUUUGGAGCAAAUUGAAUGAACUUUACAAUUUUAGCAGACGACAUUUCCAGCAGACGACAAUUUAUCUAGCAUGCUAAAGGUUAACUGUAUAUGUAUUGUCCUAUUCAAAACUGAUAAUAUUUUACUUUAAAUUGUCACCAUAAACCUGUUACAAUAAUAAAAAUAUGGUGAUGUUUUGUAAACAGGUCAUUUUGAUUUGGCAGAUCUACAUGAGGAAAAAUGUAAUUAAUUUCUCCUUGUCUUAAAAAAUACUUUUUUUACAUUGAAAAAGUUAUUGACUGAUUUUAAUUGCAGUAGAUUCUGCUUAAUCAGGUAUCACUUCAUUGCGUACAAUAACUGCCAUUCAUUGUAACGUCACUGUAAUAAUGAAUUUCACAUUAAGAUAAGAAGGAAAAUGGUUCCGGAAAGUGAAAAUAGAGGUUACUUUACCUCAUCACCGACACCAAAUGUCCUAAAAAUUGUUAUUGUCAAGCCCUGGUCAGCAUCAUUUUUUAUAAGAAAUCAUAUAUUUUUCCUCAGUUAUUUCUAAAUAAGAUUUCUAUAGUAAUCAGAAUGAUUUAUAUAUAGUUUUCUUUCCUAAGAUUGAUGUGAAUCCGUCUUUAAAUGUAAGAAAUGGCUUUUGCCUGAAUAUUUACUAUAUUUGAGUCUGUGAUAUAUGUCAUAGCUUUGCUGGAAAAUGCUUUUUUGUGUGUAUAGAGAAAACAGGGUUGUACUGAUACUUUUUGUUGUGUUAAUACCUAUUAGAAUUUACUGUUUUAUUGAAUAUAAUUAUGUGUAUUACAGGAAAACAAAUUGUUGAAAUUGUUAAGGAGAACAAAAAAGUAGCAAACAUGUUCAGAACAUUUUAAUAAACUUUUGUUGAGAUA